UAAAAAGCUCUCCUAGCUAACACCCUAUCACAGGUAAAAAGCAGAGCUACUUUGGGAAACGCCUGUACGCUAAGGGAUGUUGCACUUCCUGCACCUGGAAGCCCAAAACAAGGAGACGGCACGAGAAUAUAAAACACAUUUUCUACCACAUUACCUAAUAAAGGAAUGGAAGAGCUAGCAUAAAUAGGGAUGUAUAUUAAUUUACACCUAUUACACGUCUAUUACUAAUGUUAAUUUAUCCUCUGCUUUCUGUGCUCGUUUAGAUUUUUUAUGGUUUGCUGGGAAUCAGAGAGAAAGACAGAAUUAAAAAAAUGUUGGAUGCUAUCAGCUGGAAUGGCUGCUAGACAACAAUUGUUGCAAGAGUCGACGUGUCUGGACCACAUUUCAAACGUCUUGCAUACAAAUCUGUUUGUCUCUCUUCGUUCAGUUCAAAGUUACAGAGCACGCAGCUUCCUUUUACUUUGUCUUUUACGUAACUCCUGCAUCCACUGGCGGACGUGGAGGUGGUGCCUUGCUCCUGUGAAUGUUAAACCUGCACUUGAGUUGGCCGUGCUGUUGCAGUCGCCGUGACUGAGUCACGUGUUAUCGUUUCAAACACUGCACGAGUGAAAAUAGGACACGAGGCAGAGUCAGUGACCAGGCACAGGGGAGGAAGGAGAGACUUUUAAGCAAGGAAUGGAUCAGCGAUGUGAGCGCUGGCUCCUUUUCCAGCCAGGGGAACCGCAUCAAAGCAAGCUCCAAGCUGGUAGCUUUUAACACCGAUCAGGCUGGUGGGGGCUUAGUGGGCCUGACUUCAGUCACACCUGGUUCAAAUGGCCAACGGACAGUCGCCCAGAUUUCCUGCCAUGCUGAUCUGGUGACUGAUAUGGACUUUUCUCCAUUUGAUGCCGGUCUUCUGGCCACCUGCUCUGCAGAUGAAAUGGUGAAGCUGUGGCAUUUGUGUGAUCCUGAGCAGGAGCAGCCCAGCAGUCCUGAGGUGACCCUCCGUCCAGGCCAGGGCCGGCUGGAGCUCCUGCACUUCCACCCCACCUCCUCUGGCUUGCUGGCUGUUGGUGCCGCUAGGUCUCCUCUGAUCUGGGACACCAGCCGCCAGGAUGCGCCUCUAGCAGCUUUGGAGCAGCACGGCGACCAGCUGCACAGUCUGAGCUGGAAGCAGGACGGCUCCCUGCUCGCGUCCUCCAGCAAGGACAAGAUGUUGCGAGUGUUUGAUCCCAGAGCCCAGCUGACACCUGUACAGAGUGCCAAGAGCCUCCAGAACAGCAAGGAUUCCCGCAUCCUGUGGGCCAAAGAUGACCUUUUAGUGACUACCGGCUUUGAUAUGAUGCGUGGCCGUGAGGUGAGACUUUGGGACAACAGGAAGCUGAGCUCUUCAGUCAACUCGGUGUCCCUCAGCUCUUCCAGUGGGAUUGUGAUCCCCCUCUUUGAUGAAGACACCGGUCUGCUCCUCCUCUCUGGCAUGGGAGACUCUGGCAUUGAUUGCUUUGAAGUCUCAUCCUCUGAGCCUUUCCUGUCUCAAGUGAGUCAUUGUCUGACUGAUAAUUCAACACGUGGGGUUGCCAUGGUGCCCAAGACGGCAUUGGAUGUCAUGUCCUGUGAGGUGAUGCGUGUUCUCCAGCUGACGAACAGCUGCAUCGUCCCAAUCAGCUACCAAGUCCCUCGCAAGCAUUCAGGCCAGGAGUUUCAUGAAGAUCUUUACCCAGAUACAGUGGGAACGACUCCAGCCAUGUCAGCUGAGGAGUGGUGGCAGGGAGGGAACCAGCAGGUGGAGAAGGUCAGCCUUCAUCCAGACAAGCGGCCCAAACCAGCAGCAAAGCAGACCCCAGGCAAGAAGGAAUCGGAUCAGCCUCGUGGCUGCUCCACCUCCAGCAGUCCUCUGACCACGCCCAGCAGCAGCAGCAGCGCUGCUCCAUCCCGCUCUCCCUCCUCCACCUCGGGGCUGUCCUCAGGCUUCGUCCCCAGUCCCAGCCAGAGCUCAAAAAACAUCCAAAGCCUGCUGGGGACAGCAUCCAAGUUCAGACACAUCCAGGGUGUGGUGAUGCACCGGGACACACACAUCACCAACAUCCGUAACCUCAACCUGACCACACCCGGCGAGUGUGACGGCUUCUGUGUCAACAGCCAGCGCGUGGCCGUGCCGCUCGCCAUCUCUGGAGGACAGAUUGCCGUGUUUGAGCGCUCCGAGCCAGGCAGGCUUCCAGACACGGCCCUGCCCACCAUCCAGAACUCUGUAAAUGUGGCCGACAUGUGUUGGGACCCUUUUGACCCGCACACACUUGCUGUGGCCGGUGAAGAUGCUAAGAUCCGAGUGUGGCGGGUUCCAAAAGGUGGGCUGAAAGAGACCAUCACUGAUCCUGAGCUCAUCGUGCAAGGACACACAGAGAAGAUCUAUUCCAUCAAGUACCACCCUCUAGCCAGUGGACUCCUGGUGUCUUCAUCCUACGAUCUCACAGUCAGGCUGUGGAACCUGGAGACGGGAGAGCAGGUCAGACUUCUUACUGGACACCAGGACCAGGUGUUCGGCAUGGCGUGGAGCCCAGACGGGAAGCUGCUGGCCACGGUUUGCAAAGAUGGAAAAGUUCGCAUCUAUGACCCUCGCAAGUCAACAGCGCCCGUCCAAGAGGGCGCGGGUCCGGAGGGCCACAGAGGAGCUCGAGUUGUGUGGGUGUGUGAAGGCAAAUACCUGCUGGUUUCUGGAUUCGACAGUCGCAGUGAAAGAGGCGUGUACCUGUUCUCUGCUGAAGCGCUGUCCUCCGGGCCGAUCGCCAGUACUUUUGUUAACGUCUCCCCCUCCACACUCAUCCCAUUCUACGACCCCGACACCAGGGUCGUCAUCCUCACCGGCAAGGGCGACACCAGAGUGUACGUUUAUGAGUUGGUUCCUGAAGAUCCGUACUUCAUCGAAUGCAGCAGCUUUAACUCCUCUGAGCCUCACAAGGGAUUGGUCUUUCUGCCCAAAACAGAGUGCAACGUGCGUGAUGUGGAGAUCGCUGUGGGACUGAUGCUCACCAAGACCAGCAUAGAGCCGGUGGCCUUCAGGGUGCCUCGGGUCAAAAAAGAGUUUUUCCAGGAUGACGUGUACACAGACACAGCCGUGUGGUGGGAGCCCGCUCUGGCGGCAUCAGCCUGGCUCUCCGGCUCCAACGGCCAGCACAGAAAGAUCAGCCUGAAGCCCAAAGACAUGACUCCAGUGAGCGAGGCCCCCAAAGAGGCUCCAGUGAGGAAGUACCUUCCCUCUUCUGUUUACCUGGAAGAAAAAACUGACGAGCAGAAAAAAGACGAGCUGCUGAGUGCCAUGGUGGCCAAGCUGGGAAACAUGGAUGACCCGCUGCCUCAGGAGUCCUUCGAGGGCGUUGAUGAAGAUGAAUGGGAUGAUUAGAGACGACGGCGUCUGGAGUCGGGGUCAGUCCUGCUGCCGACAUCAAACAACUCAAGUGUUUUGUCGCCAUUCCCAGAAAUCCUCUGAGCUCCAGCAACAAUGGCACUUCAACCAAUUCACAACAGAACAAUUAUAUGUAAGACUAUAGAAAAAAGAAUUCAUUCUGACUAGUUGUUGAUUAACAUCAUUUAACGGUUAAUCAGACGUAGUUAAACAAAGAUGUUAGUAAAACAAUCACAUGAAAGCAUUGAAAUCAUAAACAUGUUAUGCAUUAAAGUCAGUUGGAUGGUGAUCACACCAACAGCCCUCCUCUUUCCGACACAUAACUGGACGAGUUUUUCAUUAUUGUAUACAACGAUUCACUUCCUCUGGUGGCCAUCCUGGUAUUCUGAACCAUCCACGUGCUCAGAGUUAAAGUAUCUUUCCGGAGUUUUCCCCUUUCAGAAAUUAUGUAUGAUUUGUCAGAAAUCCGUAAAAGUGAUUAUCUUAUAUCUUAUCUUAUCUUACUGUGAUAUAAUGUAAGCAAUACAUCUUUUUUUUUCUGCUAAGCACGCCCCCUGCCCCGCAGAGCUCCGUGCAAUAGGAAACUGAGUGCUGACCAGAACUAUCCAAUAGUGUUAGACUACCGCUUACUUGCGUCAAAUUUAAGGAAUACCUCGGCUGAUGCGGACUUGAUGAACUUUUCACGGACAAGAAAGUCUCUAAAAUAUAAAUAUAUGAGAACACAACAUGACAUGAGAAUAAUACUAGUUAAACAACGUGUUUUAGCUGUUUGUCAGCUACAGAAGCACAUUUAUAAACAAGAAACGUGAAGUCGCCAUCUUUAAAAAAACGGAAGGAGUGUGAUAUGCUUGUCAGCCACUAGAUGGUGCCAUCGGAUAAGAGAAAUACUCCGGAAAGAAGCUUUAAUUAUCGCUCUGAUUUAUUUCAGAUUCAGACACAGCCGUGUCUUCCUGUUUGGUCAGAUUAAAAACAUUUAAGCUUCAGGUACAAAACCUCCUCUGAUGAAACUAGGGGCGCCUCCAGAAAAUUUUGAUGGGGUGGCCAGAUGGGGCCAAAGACAUUUUUGGGGUGGCACACCAAAUUGGUCAUUGUGGUAACUCUGGUUGAAUUUAGUCUGUGGCGAUGUGCUGCAUUGCGCCUUUGUUCGUUUUUAUUAAAAUAACAUACGUAUCCAAAACAUUUAACUUAAAUUUAACAAACAUAAACUUUUUAGAAAAACACAUUUCAGUUAUUUAAAAUGUUAUCCCAAAUUUUAUUUUUAAAUGUAUUUUUUUGUUUAAUUCACCUGUUGCUGUGUUCACACAAAAAAACUGGAGAUAAAAUUUUUUUUAAAUGAUGAGCAGCAGAAACAUAUGUAUUUUUUUAUUCUGAUUAUUUCCUUACUCAUUAAUUGUAAUAUUUUUAUUUUGUUUUACAAUUAUAUCUUGAAUAAACUAGAUCAAUAUAUGGUUUGACUGAAUAUUAAUAUGAUUUGUCAACACUGGCUUCUCCUGGGGGGGCUUGCAAUUUUCUAGCCACCCCAUGCCACCCCUUGGGGGCGUCCUUGGAUGAAACAACAGGGUCAUCUGUGUUCAUGUUUCAACUGGAAUUUUAAAAGUUAACAUCAUGUUUUUUUACAAGCCAAAUCUGAAAUGCCAUUUUAUCAGGAUUAUGUCGUGUUUUAGUCCGAGUUAGAUUUUAAUCUUUGUUCUUCCAGGAAUAGACGUCAGGAAGAGGUAAAAUAAUCCAUUGUGAGUUUCUAAGGAGAUCUUUUAUACUUCAAGAAUGAGUUUUGUUUUUGUUUACUGGCUGCUUUUAACUUUUAUUGUGGGAUUUCACUAAACCAUUUGGUUUUCUCUGACUGCUGGAAUGUGGUGAGAAACAAACAGUACAGUGUUCUUAACUUCCAUCAUGUAGUCGUCACUCAGGGCUGCAGCAAUAAGACCAGAGACCCACGGAUGACCCGGCUUUUGUUUACAUUCUCUUAAGAACUGGAUCAAUCCGGUUGGGCCAGCCGUGUGACAGGUGCCACGUGAGUUUAUUUGGUGUUGACUGUACGUACUUGUGAUGCUCAGAAAUUGUUGUAUUUGGAUUGGAGUUACUUGCCUUCAAUUGUGUGUUUUUAUAAAGUGAUUUGUUUUAUGUUUCCUGUCUUUCUAGUGUAAUGAUUUGUGGACUUUUUCUAAAUCUUCUAGCAAUAAACACAAUAUGAACUCUG